CCGACCCAGCGGCAGGAAGAUGGCGGCGCUCAUCCCCCUCAGCCAGCAGUUUUCUACUGGGAACCCAAUAUACGAAACUUACUACAAACAGGUAGAUCCAACAUACACAGGGAGAGUUGGGGCAAGUGAAGCUGCUCUGUUCCUUAAAAAAUCUGGUCUCUCUGAUAUCACCCUUGGAAAAAUAUGGGAUUUGGCUGACCCAGAGGGGAAAGGAUACUUAGAUAAACAGGGUUUCUACGUCGCGUUGCGCCUCGUGGCCUGCGCCCAGAACGGCCACGACGUCAACAUGAGCAGCCUCAGCCUGACUGUGCCACCCCCUAAAUUUCAUGACAGUAGCAGUCCUUUGCUGAUCACACCACCUUCAACAGACACUCACUGGGCUGUCAGGGUGGAAGAAAAAGCAAAGUUUGAUGGUAUUUUUGAAAGCCUUUUGCCAGUAAAUGGUUUACUUUCAGGAGACAAAGUAAAACCAGUACUGAUGAAUUCAAAGCUACCUCUCGAUAUCCUCGGCAGGGUGUGGGAUCUCAGUGACAUUGAUAAAGAUGGUCACCUGGACAAGGAUGAAUUUGCUGUGGCAAUGCAUUUGGUUUAUAGAGCUCUUGAGAAAGAGUCAGUCCCUUCACAAUUGCCCCCUUCUCUCAUACCACCUUCCAAAAGAAAGAAGAUGCCGGCGUUCCCCGGAGCCGUCCCCGUCCUCCCUGCCAGCCCCCCACCCAAAGACAGCCUCCGUUCCACGCCCUCCCACGGCAGUGUCAACAGCCUGAACAGCACAGGCAGUUUGUCUCCCAAGCACAGCAUCAAACAACCCCAGCCAGCUGUGAACUGGGUGGUGCCACUGUCCGAAAAAGUGAGAUACGAUGAGAUUUUCCUAAAAACAGACACAGACAUGGACGGCUUUGUGAGUGGCCAAGAAGUGAAGGACAUUUUUAUGCACUCAGGUCUGUCUCAGAAUCUCCUAGCACAUAUAUGGGCUUUGGCAGACACGAGGCAGAUGGGGAAGCUCAGCAAGGACCAGUUUGCACUUGCCAUGUAUCUCAUCCAGCAGAAGGUCAGCAAAGGGAUUGAUCCUCCCCAAGUGUUAACCCCAGAUAUGAUCCCCCCCACGGAGAGGAACACUCCCCUCCAGACCCUGGCAGGUUACUUGACCCCUGUAGGAGCUGAGAUCUCGGCCCUGCCAGAAAUGCGCCGUGACAGUGCAAGUUCUGUUGGAUCAGGAGAAUUCACAGGGGUGAAAGAGCUGGAUGACAUCAGUCAGGAAAUUGCUCAGCUGCAGAGAGAAAAAUACUCCCUAGAGCAGGACAUUAGGGAAAAGGAAGAAUCAAUCAGACAGAAAACCAACGAAGUUCAGGAGCUGCAGAAUGACCUGGACAGGGAGACGAGCACCUUGCAGGAGCUGGAGGCUCAGAAACAGGACGCCCAGGACAGGCUGGAUGAGAUGGACCAGCAGAAAGCCAAACUCAAGGACAUGCUCAGUGAUGUCAGGCAGAAAUGCCAGGAGGAAACACAGGUGAUUUCAUCACUAAAAAUGCAGAUUCAAUCUCAGGAAUCAGAUUUAAAGUUACAGGAAGAUGACCUUAACAGAGCAAAAGCAGAGCUGAACCGCCUGCAGCAGGAAGAGACUCAGCUAGAGCAGAGUAUCCAGGCUGGAAAAGUGCAGCUUGAAACAAUAAUCAAAUCUUUAAAAUCAACCCAGGAAGAGAUAAACCAGGCAAGAAAUAAACUGUCCCAGCUGCAGGAGAGCCAGCAGGAGGUCACCAAGAGCAUCGAGGAGUACAAUGAAGCCCUCAAUGGCAUCCAUGGGGGCAGCCUGACCAACUUAGCAGACAUGAGUGAAGGCCUUGGACACACAGAAAGAAGCAAUUAUGGAACUAUGGAUGAUCCGUUUAAGAACAAAGCCUUGAUGUUCACCAACAACACCCAAGAAUUGCACACAGACCCAUUCCAGUCAGAAGAUCCUUUCAAAUCUGAUCCAUUUAAGGGAGCAGACCCUUUCAAAGGCAGUGACCCAUUCCAGCACGAUCCUUUUGCAGAACAGCCCCCUGCUCCAGCAGAUCCCUUUGGAGGUGAUCCCUUUAAGGAGAGUGACCCAUUUCGUAGCUCUGCCCACGAGGAUUUCUUCAAGAAGCCAGUGAAGAGCGACCCAUUUACCUCAGAUCCAUUCACAAAACCCCCUGCUUUACCCUCAAAGCCUGACCCUUUUGAAAGCACUGAUCCUUUUACGUCUUCCAGUAUCUCUUCAAAAGGUCCAGAUCCCUUUGGAACGCUGGAUCCGUUUGGAAGCGGUGCUUUCAGCAGUGGGGAGGGAUUUGCAGACUUCAGUCAGAUGUCAAAGUCAGCAGCUCCCGACCCCUUCGCCUCCUCUUUUGGAGGGGGGGGAUUUUCAGAUGACCCUUUCAAAAGCAAAGCAGACACCCCAGCGUUGCCACCCAAGAAAAACGUCCCCCCACGGCCCAAGCCACCCAGUGGUAAAAGCACUCCUGUCAGCCACCUUGGGCCUGCAGAUUUCCCCAAGCCCCACGAUCCAUUCCAGCCGUUUGGGGCUGACAGCACUGACCCCUUUCAAAGUAAAAAGGGCUUUGGGGACCCAUUUAGUGGAAAAGAUCCAUUUGCUCCCUCCUCUUCAAGUAAAACUCCUAAAGACUCUUCCUUGGGGUUUGCAGACUUCAGCUCUUUUGGAAAUGAGGAGCAGCAGCUGGCCUGGGCAAAGAGGGAGAGCGAGAAAGCAGAGCAAGAAAGACUCGCCCGGUUACGAAGACAAGAACAAGAAGACCUCGAGCUGGCCAUUGCUCUCAGUAAGGCUGACAUGCCAAACUCCUAAACUCAGCCUCCACCCCUGGCCUGAGCCAAACCUUGGGAAAAUGUGGCUUUUUUUUGGGGGGUUGAAAAAUACUAAACCCUUUGGUUUCUGUUGUGCAAAGAGUUUUAGCCACCUUGGGAUUUAACCAAGCCCUGGCUGGGGGGGGAUCUGCCCUGGGGGCUUCCCCUCGAGUGCAUCAUCAGCAGGAAACACUGUAUAAGCUGUAUUAUAUGUCCUAGAUAUAAAAUUUAUUGCUUGGAAGAAGUUUUAACGUGUAAUCCCUGAGAUGCUGAAGGUUUUCUUUCCCUGCGAGGCAAAUGUUGCAUGUGGGGGGAAAAAGCUGCAACAGGUGAGCCUGGUUUUUUGUAACCUGAAUUCCAGGGGAGGGGCUUGGAGGCUGCAGGAUGGACUUUGAAGGAAAUGGCAGGAAAAAGAGAAUAUUUAUAGCAUUGGCUUUCAGUUGUUAUGUUUAUUUAAGAAUUCACGAGAGCCUAAUCAGUUUGUCACCUGCACCAUCUGUGUCAAGGCAUAAAUUCAUUAUUGGAUGGUCCCUUUUAAUCCAAGAAGAAGUGGCUUUUACAAAAGAAUCCAGCAGUUUAUGUGUGAUGGAUCCAAACAGUGAGCUGUGUAAAAGAGUAGAGGCUUGAAGGCUCUGUGAAUGAGUAGUUCUAAUUCAAACAUUUGCUUGCAUUGGGUUUUGAUAAUUGCAGGUGAUGUGGGUAAAAGAGGGAGUGGUAAAUUGGAUGGAUCGUGCAUGCCAUGCGAGAAAUGAGGCUGUGAAUUAUUGACUUCCUACAAAAAAAAUGCCUUUUUCUGAUGACAAGAAUUCUCAAACUACAGUUGUCUUUGCCUUGGACUUUUCUGUCUCGUAGAGUAGGCGCCUCCCACAGCAUUUUCACGUGUCCUCAGUCACGUGGGAAUACAAAGCUUAACAUUCUGGGGUUUUUAGUGAUGCAGCCCUUACCUUACAACAUUUUUCUGAGUUUUUUAGCUUCCUUUUUUUUUUUUAUUUUAAUGUGCUAUUCCUUCGUCACCUUUAAUGCACUUCUGGUUUUUACCUCCUUGCCUCGGUUAUUUUUAUUUUUAUUUUCAUACCACAAAGACAGUGCCUGGUGGGUGGGUGCAGAACAACCCUCUCCCCGUUGUGCUGGGAUUGCCUUGCUCUGGAUGCUUUUCCUGCCACGGGGAGGAGGAUCAGGUUGGAUCAUUUGAAGCAUCUUGGGGGAGUUCUCAGCUCUGAAAUGCAGCCCAAGGUGUGGCAUUUGUGCUCUCAGGCUCUUGUUUUUAGGAUUUCCAGCUCCCUGUUGCUCUGUGUGUACUGCAGAUAAUGGGAACCUUUAGCCCCCCUCAGGAGGGGAGAAGAUGCAUUUCUAAUACCAAAUCCAACCAUCUAAUCAUCUUUAAUGACCCCCUGGGGAUGCAUUUCUGAUUGCACGGAGUCUGAUUUGAAAUCCCUUCCCACUGUGGUAAUUUCCCCUCUAAAAUAUAUAGGAUUAAAUGAUCAAACACACCAAAAUGUUGACAAUUUCUCUUUUCUGCUGGUGUAGAGGACUUGAAGUCUCUGUGAGCAAACUUGGGGCUGCUUGCAGCUGACAUGAGAUAAAAAGAGCCAUCUCCCAAAGCAAGUGGCUGCAGGAUUCCCAGGGAAGUUAAACAAAUUAUCCAUGUGUAAAAUUCUCCUCCUCACUUGGGCCUGAGUCCUUGUGGGGUCUCUUGUGCUGCAGUAAAACCCCCCUGACAGGUGUGGGGCUGUUUGAGAAAGGAAACCCUUCCUGGAGCUCUGCUGUCACUCCAGUGGGACGGGGUGGAUGACUUAAUAGCUUGAUUAAUUUUCACUCCUGCACCAUAACAAGGCUUUCUGCUGCUUUGUCGGGGCUCUAAAAACGCUGUCAUUUGUAAUUCUUCGAAGGCAACCAGUUGGUGUUUCCAAGCUGUUCAGCAGGAGGGCAGAAAUGUGAAUUUCUGAUUUAGGAACCUUCAGUUUACUGAAACACUCUCUGAUUCAAAAUGUUGGCACUGCAGUAGAAGAAAACUUAGCUGUGAUUCCCCCCACCCCCCCUUUUGUAUUUAAUACAAUUUUCCACCUCAAAAAGGAAGAUUCCCCACGGCCUUUGCUGUAACUCUGUACCAAUACCUGCACUUGUCCUUGGAGGCAAAACUUCAGUGCAAGCCCUUGGUCUUCUUCCUCCAGAACAGUGAAAUUUAAAGCACAAACAAACAAACAGGCCUCGUUGCUUUUUGGGCAGAGAGAAAAAUAAAUAAAUAAAUAAAUGUACAGUGCAAGAGCUGAAAAAUGAGAAUAUCCCCAGUGCAUAUACAGUGUACAGCGAGAUCCACAUUAUCUGUGUCUAUGUGUACAUAUAAAUAUAUAUAUAGUGUAUUGUACAAUGUAAUAAUAGUGUGUGUAUAUACCCCCCAUGGCCACUUGCUCUGUCCAGUAAAUAGUUCUUUGUGCUGUACAGAAAAGGUGUACAUACAGUGAAUAUGUAGAAUAUGCAGAUAUAUUCUAUAUAUUGGAGUUGUGUGUGUGUGUGUGUGUGUGUGAUUCUGAAACCAGAGAUGGGGACGGAAUUUGGGCAGGUUGGCUCGUGGCUCUGAGAAUUUCAAAGUUCUGGUGAAAGAAAGAAAGAAAAAACGAACAAACAAAAACCAGGAGAAACGAUUUCUAAUCAAUUUGGUUCAAGAUUUCUUCUGUCUGGCAGUAAAACCCUGUGUUGAUCAGCUGUGCCAGGUGUGGGAGAAACCUGGCAGAGAGUCGGAUUCAUCUGCACUGGAUGUGAUUUCACAUUCUUUGGAGUUUUUGGAGUGUCUUUUGGAGUCCGGGCUCAGCUGCUGAUCUCACAUGUGAUGCUUGUAGUUUCACUUCCUUAUUUCCCUUUUUUUUUUACUUUAUAAAAAAGCCCUAUUUUUAAGGAGCUGUUCCCAUACACACACACACACACCAGACAAUCCCAGGCAGAGGUGAAACCCACGUUUUUCUUGCUUCAUUCCAGUUCAGUUGGGUUGUCUGGUGGUGGAACCUCCCAGCAAUCCUGCAGUGAAAGCAGGUGCUCAGAAAACACACUAAGUGCUGUUAUGAGGCAUUUUUAUACAGGCAACUUUUCCCUCCUGGAACCUCUGCCCUGUGAGGGCCAUCAGUCCUUCCUGGAUUUCCUUCCAAAGUGCAGGAAACUCCAAGCUGUGUAACCCUUUUUUUUUUUAAUUAUUAUUAUUAUUAUGAUUUGAUUUGAUUUGUGAUUCCUGUCUGUGAAAUCUGGUGGCAGAAAUUUUGUAGGAAUUAUUUUGUCAUCUUCUGCACUUUUCUUGGAUUCUUCUUACCAAUCCUUUUGGGGUUACUCUUUCUUCUUUAGUGUUUCUCCAUUGAGAAGAAUAUUUAUUCUGUAGAACCGUGGCCCAAGGAGUUUUGGUCCAAGUUAGAGUUGUUGCUUCCCCUGCUCUAAGAGUUUGAUUUCUCCUCUCUUCUGCAUUUUUUUUUCCCCUCCCUCUCAGGAGUUUCAUUUCUGUUUAAUCCUCGUUUGGAGCUGGAGCUCUGUUGAAGUGAAUUGAUCUGUGCUGUCAAUGAUCUGAUUCAAUCACGUUCCUACCCAGCCAAUUUUGGGGGUGUGUCAAUCAUUGCAUCUCUUAAGACUUCACAACACCAACCUUAGGAAGGAAUUUUGCUUGGUGGAAUCACAGAUUUAUUUUUAGGGUAAAAUGUGCUAACUGUUAUUCAUUGACACACCUGUUUGAUCAGUUGAUUCGCUGCUCUUUUUACUUGAAAGUUUUAUAAAUAAAGGCUAAUUUGUUAUAAAAUGGAAUUUUCAUUGCUCCAACUUCUGCCUUCCCCUGCAAGUUGAACUUCCAAAGGAAAACUCACAGUGGCUGUGGUUCCUCCUGCUGUUACAAUUACAGAGUCCUCUGCUGGUGUCCCUUUUAAUCUGACUUAAAAACAGGUGGAAACAAAGUGAGAGCUGCAAUGUUGGCCUGAAUUUGACUAAUAUCUCCAAAUAUGUACAUUGUUGUAGCUAUAUUUAUCUUUCAAACAUCAUAACAAAUUGAAAGGUAUUUUAAUUUUAACCCAUCUCAUGUGUUUAUUGUUUAAUAUAAUAAGAGAAUUGUUAUUGUUUAAUAUAAUAAAUGAAAAGUUACUUUUUGGA